UUAUCUUCGCCUCCUGUUGGCGACUGCAGAUCAGCGUUUGGUCCAUAUUAUAUCUGCUGCUGAGGACAGGAGUUUCUUGGGAUUGAGCACUUCAAACCAUUCUGUGAUCACGGCCAAUUUGCAGAGGCCCUACGGGCAUAUACCCCAAGCGACAAAGCUUGCCAAUUUUCGUAGAUCAGAAUACCCACGAACAAGUUGGGACAAUGCGUACGGCAGUCCUCCUCAGCGUUUUAUCAUAUACCCUUGGUGUGCAGGCGUUGAAAUGGCCGACAGCGAGCUAUUCCUGCACUACGGGACAGGUCUACACCUGCACCGACACCAGUCAAGUCACUCUCUCGUCAAGUGUCACGUAUUCCAACUGCAAUUUCAAGAACUGCGGCCCUCUUCGUCUGAAAACGUCGGGGACAACGCUGACGCUUACGGAUGUGACCAUUGACGGAACCGGAAUCGCGUCUACAGACGCAGACGAUGAAGGUCUGUUGCGCAUUCUGUCGGGCUCCUACUUGGUUGCGACAAGAACAACCUUCAAGAAUAUCACGGGAACUCCCGCUUCUCUCGGAGGGGCUUUGUACGUGAAGGGUUCAACUUUCAACGGCAUCAAUGUCAUCUUUGACAGCAACACGGCAUCUAGCGGGGGUGCUGCCUACUUGAUCAAUGGGGCGUCAUUUUCGUGUUCGGGAUGCACCUUCAAGAACAACGUCGUGGUCCCGGAUAGUGGCAGUACUACAUAUGGUGGAGCCCUCGCGGUCAUAAAGUCCUCUUCCCUUACUCUGAGCACGACAACCUUCACAAAUAACAGGGCAACGUCUGGAGGAGGAGGCGCUGUGUACUUGGGUGGCAGCGGUGUUUCCACAGCAAGCGCAACUGGAACAACAUUUACGUCAAAUGUUGCUCUAGAUGGUGGAGCUGUGCUGUUAGAUUCGAAUUCAGUCUUCACCGCAACGGACUGCAACUUCUACGGCAGUGGCAGCUCGCUUGCCACUAAUGGUGGAGCCUUACAAAUUGCUGCGAAAUCGGCACUCACAUGGACUGGAGGAUCAUGCGCGGGAGUCGAUGCAACCCACGGGGCUUGCGUGUAUGUUACUUCCGAGAACACAGCAGCUAGCACGGCGACCAUCAAAAAUGUUGUGUUCCGGGACUCGAGCAUCUCCAGUUCGUUGCUAGAAACUUCAAAUGCGGUCAGUCGGAUCAGUGCGACAAACCUUACAGUACGCAAUAUCAAUACCCUUGGAACUGGUGCAGUCUUGGCAAGUGGUGUGAGUGUGUUUCGCGCGAUCUCUGAAGAUGUCGCUCAUUUUGCUAUCCUCUCACGCCAGUAUGGCGAGGGCGUUCAUGUUCUGGACGGAUGCACGUUCAGCGGGCUUACGGCAGUCAGCGGUGGCAUCGCAUCGGUGCAAACGGGCUCCACUGUCAUCAGCAACAGCCGAAUUACCAACGUCACGGGUACGGCCGGGGCCGGUGCCGUCACCGCCUCUCUUGGCGCUGUCGUCAACAUCACGAGCUCCUCCAUUAACGGUGCAUCUUCGGCGGUCGCCGGGGGUGCUGUUAUGGCUACUGGUGCAACGAUCAACCUGGUGGAUACGACCGUGACCCUUGCUAGCGCACCAAAAGGUGGCGUGGCGUACAUUGCUGAAAAGUCAACUCUUGGAUGUUAUGGGAGUUCGACGCUGUCUGGAACCGCUACCGCCAAUGGUGGAUGCAUCGUCAAUUCCGGAUCAUCCGUCCUACUUUCCGACAGCUGCACUCUAACCAAUUGUGUUGCCGGGCAAGGUGGUGGUGGUGUUUAUAACUUCGAAUCCGGCAACACAACCUUACGAAACCAAGCCGUCAUACAUCUUUCCAGCGCUGCAACGUUUGGAGGCGCCAUCACCACGGACGGUGCAUGGUCUCACGUUUACCUGCAUGACCAAUCGGUCUUGCGAAACAACUCGGCAGGGAUCUGCGGAGGUGGUUUGGCCACUGCCACCGAUUCCUUCGCUCUGGACCAAUCAAUUUUAGAAUUGAACCGAGCGCCUUGCGGACCGAUCGCUUGCUUGCGCAACACCACUGAAGUCGGAUCUUUGUACGUUCUGGACGGUGUGACUAUCGGCGGUGUGGUCGAUUGGUUGAUCGGCGACCUAUGCAACGGCCAGACUGCGAUCGUUCCUGACCCUGGAACGUCUGGCGGCACCGCGACCACCGACAACACCGGUGGCGGCGGUGGUGUCCCGACCUCUGCAGUCAUCGGAGGAACGGUCGGAGCGUUUACCACCGUCGUCGUUUCCGCCGGAAUCUUCGCGGUUGCACGAUACGGAAAGGGCAAGAAAGAUGUGCAGAACCUUCAGGCCUCUGCCACUGAACUCCGAAUGGCACAAGAGAAUCCCCUCUAUAUCAGCCCGGCGCCUAUGACGGAGAAUCCCAUCUACGAAGUCGAUUUCACGGAUACUGCACAGAGUUGAGGAUUUGACAAGCCGUUUGAGUUUGUGGCGCGUUCGACUUCAUCCCUUCCCAUAGUCAGAUAGAGAAGAUGCGCAAAGGUUCGAGGAAUUUGGGCUUUUCACCAAUGGCCUUGCAUUACACGUAGUUGAUAGUAGCAUAGCAUGCUUUCAUGCUGGAGCUUCCGUAGUAGACCCAAAGCAUGAAAUUUAGCUGCCUGAUUACGAUUGGUUCCCAAUGCAUUUCCGGCAAACUUUUAUAACGUGU